CCUGGCACCAUUGCGCAAAAUAAACUAUGAUUGAGCUAUGCGCGGGACGGUGCAGGAACUGACCAAUGGCCCGAACAAUGGCAGGCACUAAUGGGCAUUUCCUGAAAUCAAUGAGUUUCUUGAUACUCAAUGACUGAUAGAUAACAUGCACGAAUGGGCGUGUCCUGAUUAAAAAAACGCCCUGAAUUGCGGUCUGCAAUUACACCAUGUUGGAGAGCACAGCUGAGCAGAAAGAAGAUCCACAACAUUAAUUUCGAGACUCAUUUUUCUGUCCUAUGCAGAUACCCUAAUCGACAAAUAUCCAGCAAUCAUAACCUGCAACAAACAUGGAGAGAAAAAGUGACCCUGGAAAGAGAUUCCUGAGCAAGCCCCAGCUAGCUCGUUACCUGGGCAACACCAUUUAGGUGCAUGCCAUUGAACCCCGUGCAGGAAGGAUGCUCAUGAAUAAGCUUCAAAGGAACCGGCGCAAGCAUCGCUAUGACAACAACCAUCAGAUCAAGGUUAAGCCGGACCUGAACACGACCUUACCAGUCAGAUAGACAGUAUAUCACCCUAGCAACAAAGUGAAGACAGACCCCCACAAGGCUGUCGACCAACCAAGACAGCUGUUUUGGGAGAGGAAGCUGAGUGGUCUGAGUGCGUUUGAAAUUGCAGAAGAGCUGGUGAAAACCAUGGACCUUCCCAGGGGCCUACAGGGUGUUGGGGCUGUGUGUUCAGACAAGACCUUGCUCUCAGCAAUCUCCAGCGCCCUGCACACCAGCCCCAACCCUGUCACUGGUCAGCUGAACGCAGCUGUGGAGAAGAACCCUGGGGUAUGGCUCAACACCGCCCAGCCGCUCUGCAAGGCCUUCAUGGUUACCGAUGACGACGUCCGGAAGCAGGAGGACCUGGUCCACAAUGUGAGGAGGGUGGAGGAAGCUCUGAUGGCGGACAUGUUGGUUCACAUAGAGGAAUCCACCAAUAAGGCAGAUGCUCUGAAGAAGGCGCAAACCGAGCAGGAGGACAAGGAGGGCGUAUAG